AUGAUGCUGGAUCUAGAAUCGCAACCCAAUCAUAUCCAUUUUGAUUUGCCGUCAGGAGUCUUUGUACAUAGAUGGCUGUGUGAUUCUUCGCGCGCCAUCGUCAUCUUACAGCAUGGGUUUGCAGAAUAUGCCGAGCGCUAUGUUUGGUCACACGCCAAACUUAUACCGGUGUUGAAUGCCCAGGGCUUCGAGGUUUGGGCAAUGGAUCUUUGGGGUCAUGGGAGAUCGCCUGGGAAUCGUGGCGUGGUGGAUGUGCAAAAGGCGGUCGACGACCACAUCCAGAUACGACAUCGAGCCGCCACUCUCGGCCUGCAUGUUUUUCUGUUUGGGCACUCUCUCGGAGGCCUCAUAACGGCCGCAAGUGCUGCAAGGGAUGCUUCCCCGCCUAAUGAUGGUGUUGUUCUGUCUAGCCCGGCAUUACCUGCGGCAAUGAUAGCCCCCGGAGAACGCGCCCUGGGUCUGUUAGCCCGAUCAGUUGUGCAAAUAGGGACAGGGUUGGCGGGAUGGUGA